UUCAAUAUGGCGUAGGUUAAAUAUGCGUAUAUAUUUUCCCCGAAUUUAUCCCCCGAGUAAAUUGGACAUUAGAUCAAAAUUAAUGUAGACGAAAAUUUGUAUAAAUUUAGUGUAGAUUGAGUGAAAGAAUUGGGGGAUUUUUCGAGCAGUUGUUGGGUUUUUUGGGACUGAAAAUGAUGUUUGCGGGGCACACGUUGGUUCUCCUUGCACUCGUGUCAACUUGGAUUUCUGUCCAUGCGCAGGAACCGGCAACAGACGGCCAAUCAGGUGGCGGCGAUGACGAGACGAAAAGAGAGGGAGAAUUUAAAUCGGGUCAUGAGGAAAUUUUUAAAAAACUCUUCAUCGCCAAGCGGAGACAGCACCUCAGUGCAGUGAAAAACCUCAGAAACUUGGAUUCUUACGAACGGAAAUACGAAAUGAUCUCGAUCAUAAUGAAAAAUGUCAUUGAAAUCGUCGAAGCGAAGAAGAAUUCUCUCGAGGGGAUCAAGGAGGGAUUGAAGGAGAAUCGAACGCUCUCUUACGUGCCUCAUGAGUUGAGAGAUGCAUUAUCAUCGGUUCUCGAGAACACUGCAUUCCUCGGGGAUAUAGCCCUCCAGCUCCCAGACAUAACGCACAGAAUACUAAAGAAGAACACCAACUGGAAAAACCAUAUGCACUGGUCAUUGAACUUUGUCAACGAAACUCGAUUUCUUAUCGAUGAGGCAACGGGAGACAUGCUCGACCUAGCACUUCAGGAGCUCAACAUAACGCAGAGACUCCCCAGCUACUCGAACCCAUACGCUUCAGCAAACCAAAGAGAUUCGGGUGAUAAAAAUUUGAAGAGGAAGAGAAAGGAGAAGAAGAAACGAAAAAGUGGACCUCAAAUGGUCCACAUUGACUUGUAAAAUGAAACAGAAACGAAGUAAUCAUUGAAAAUAUUGUUUUUUAUUGAAAAAAUAUCGGAGUAAUUAUU